AAGCGGGGCACCCCCACCCCCACCGCGGGCGGCACCUCCUUUUACCUCGCUCUCCCUCUCUUCCCGAAGAUGCCCAAGUGCCGGCGGAGCGCCGCGGAGAGGGGGCCCGUCUCCUCCUGACGCUUAAAAAAAAAAGUAAAGCAAUUUCUGCUUCGAGCCCCAGACGGGCGAGCCGCCCGCGAGCUCUGCGAGCUGCCCCAGGGGAGAAGGACCCGGGCUGGAUUUAGUAGGACAACUCGCUCGCUAAUGACUCCGCGGCUGGCGGCGACCCGCCGGGAAAUCAGGUGCCGGCUUGUUUGCCUGCAGGUACCUGAGCUGACACCGACGGUGCCUAAAGAUGCUGAGCAGCGUUUGGCUCCUCAGUGUGUUCACCGUGGCCGGGAUCCUACAGACCGAGACUCGCAAAACUGCCAAAGACAUUUGCAAGCUGCGCUGCCUGUGCGAAGAGAAGGAGAACGUACUGAACAUCAACUGCGAAAACAAAGGAUUUACAACUGUCAGCCUGCUCCAGCCCCCCCAGUACCGAAUCUAUCAGCUCUUCCUCAAUGGCAACCUCCUGAGCAGACUGUACCCCAACGAGUUUGUCAAUUACUCCAACGCGGUGACUCUCCACCUCGGCAACAACGGGCUGCAGGAGAUCCGGCCCGGGGCCUUCAGCGGCCUGAAAACCCUCAAGAGGCUGCACCUCAACAACAACAAGCUCGAGGUGCUGCGGGAGGACACGUUCCUGGGCCUGGAGAGCCUGGAGUACCUCCAGGCUGACUACAACUACAUCAGUGCCAUCGAGGCAGGGGCCUUCAGCAAACUCAACAAGCUCAAAGUGCUCAUCCUCAAUGACAACCUCCUGCUGUCGCUGCCCAGCAAUGUGUUCCGCUUCGUCCUGCUGACCCACUUAGACCUGCGGGGGAACCGGCUCAAAGUCAUGCCUUUCGCGGGUGUCCUGGAGCACAUCGGGGGGAUCAUGGAGAUUCAGCUGGAGGAAAACCCCUGGAACUGCACUUGCGACCUGCUUCCUCUCAAGGCCUGGCUGGACACCAUCACGGUGUUCGUGGGCGAGAUCGUCUGCGAGACGCCCUUCCGCCUGCACGGGAAAGACGUGACCCAGCUCACCAGGCAGGACCUCUGUCCCAGGAAAACGGCCGGCGACUCCAGUCAGAGGGGCGGUCACGCAGACACACACGUCCAAAGGCUGUCACCCACCGUGAACCCUGCCCUCAACCCCACCAGGGCACCCAAAGCCAGCCGGCCCCCCAAAAUGAGAAACCGCCCCACGCCCCGGGUCACCGUGUCGAAGGACAGGCAGAGCUUCGGCCCGAUCAUGGUGUACCAGACCAAGUCCCCGGUGCCCCUCACCUGCCCCAGCAGCUGCGUCUGCACCUCUCAGAGCUCUGACAACGGCCUCAACGUCAACUGCCAGGAGAGGAAGUUCACGAAUAUCUCCGACCUGCAGCCCAGACCCACGAGUCCAAAGAAACUCUACCUGACAGGGAACUAUCUCCAAACUGUCUAUAAGAACGACCUCUUAGAAUACAGUUCUUUGGAUCUGUUGCAUUUAGGAAAUAACAGGAUCGCCGUCAUCCAGGAAGGUGCCUUCACAAACCUGACCAGUUUACGCAGACUUUACCUGAAUGGCAACUACCUUGAAGUGCUGUACCCUUCUAUGUUCGAGGGGCUGCAGAGCCUGCAGUAUCUCUACUUAGAGUAUAAUGUCAUUAAGGAAAUUAAGCCGCUGACCUUUGAUGCUUUGAUUAACCUCCAGCUACUGUUUCUGAAUAACAACCUGCUUCGCUCCCUACCUGAUAACAUCUUUGGGGGCACGGCCCUCACCAGGCUGAACCUGAGAAACAACCACUUUUCUCACCUGCCCGUGAAAGGGGUUCUGGAUCAGCUGCCGGCUUUUAUCCAGAUCGACCUGCAAGAGAACCCUUGGGACUGCACCUGUGACAUCAUGGGGCUCAAGGACUGGACAGAGCAUGCCAAUUCCCCCGUCAUCAUCAACGAGGUGACCUGUGAGUCUCCAGCGAAGCACGCAGGGGAGAUCCUGAAGUUUCUGGGGAGGGAGGCUAUCUGUCCAGACAGCCCAAACCUGUCAGACGGAACCCUUUUGUCCGUGAAUCACAACACUGACACCCCAGGGGCGCUGAGCGUGUCCCCCAGUUCCUACCCCGAACUACACACGGAAGUUCCCCUUUCUGUCUUAAUCUUAGGAUUGCUUGUGGUCUUUAUCUUAUCAGUCUGUUUUGGGGCUGGUUUGUUUGUCUUCGUCCUGAAACGCCGAAAGGGGGUGCCGAGCGUUCCCCGGAGUGCCACCAACUUAGACGUCAGCUCCUUCCAGUUACAGUAUGGGUCUUACAACACGGACGCUCAGGACAAAACGGACGGUCACGUCUAUAACUAUAUCCCGCCUCCCGUGGGCCAGAUGUGCCAGAACCCCAUCUACAUGCAGAAGGAAGGAGACCCAGUAGCCUAUUACCGGAACCUGCCAGAAUUCAGCUAUGGCAACCUGGAGGAGAAAAAGGAAGAGCCGGCCCCCCUGGCUUACACCAUCAGUGCCACCGAGCUGCUAGAAAAGCAGGCCACACCCCGAGAGCCCGAGCUGCUGUACCAGAAUAUUGCCGAGCGCGUCAAGGAGCUGCCCAGUGCGGGACUGGUCCACUACAACUUUUGUACCUUACCCAAAAGGCAGUUUGCCCCUUCUUAUGAAUCUCGACGCCAAAACCAAGACAGAAUCAAUAAAACCGUUUUAUAUGGAACUCCCAGGAAAUGCUUUGUGGGGCAGUCCAAGCCCGACCACCCUUUACUGCAAGCUAAGCCGCAAUCAGAACCAGACUACCUCGAAGUUCUGGAAAAACAAACUGCAAUCAGUCAGCUGUGAAGGGAAAUCGCUCGCAACCCCCUGGCAUCCAAGGAUGCUGCUCCUGGCUCCGAACUCUUGGAAGCACUGGUUUGCCUUUGGUUUGAUUUGCCUUCUUCCUUUCCCAGUGUCGGGUGGGGGCGACUUUGACGAGGUUUGGGGGACGGGGUGAAGCAAUGAUAUGCUUUCUCGAGUUGCCCUUUAAAUUAUUUCUCUCUUGCCCUCCCCUCUCCCACCCCACCUCUCGUUCCUUCUCUUCUUAGGAGUCAUCCUGGAACGUGAAUGUUUCUACAAUGCUUUUUUUGUUUUCAUAUAUUGUUUUUGUUCAUGGUUUUGUUUCUCUCUCUUCUUUUAUUUUUCCAGUGUGGGAAUGGAAAGAGGAGAUUAUAGUGAAUGAAGAAAGAGUAAGCAAACUUUUCGAGUGAAAAUGGCUAAUGAGUGUAUUUUGUAGAAGAUCUCCAAAGAUCUUUUGAGACUAUAAAUUCUUUUGUAAAUAAUGAUAUAUGGUAUUUCCGUCUUCAGUUACCAAGUAUAGCCACUAGGCAUCACUUCUUUGUGUUAAAGUGCCUUUGCACUUGAAGUACAUUACUUAAAUGUUGCUUUUAGCUUUGAUAAAUUGAACAUAUUUUAAUGUGUUGUAUUUUUGAAAUUAAAAACACUGUAAAAUAGAUUGAAAUGUCAGCUAUAUAAAGUCAACGUACAGUUUGCUUGAGUUAUACAAACCAGCCUGUCAUCAAAUGAUUCUAGUUCUAGGACUUUAUAGAUUUAACUGUAAAAUAUUUCCUCUGGGUUUGUUCUAAGUGAUUUUAUUUAAGUCAACUAAGGGGACUUAACAGUGGACUAGAGGUAAUAAACCACCUCAGUUGGGGUUAGUAAUUCAUUAAUAAAAUAUAUUUAACCCAA